UGACCCUUGAAUAAUAUCAUUGUAACUUCCUUGAUAAGUGGCAUGACAUCCCACACACACACACACACAGUCACGUCUAGACUGAGAACGAAACACAGACUUAGACAGGAGUCAGGACUGAUUUGUGUCAGUACAAGAUCAGGAUUAGUGACAAGGGUAGAAUGGAGAUGAAUCUGGAAGUAUAUACAAACCCAGGAGCUACUGCACAGAAAACAUCUCACUCAGAUGAAGGCACUCAUGAGAAUGAGUUGAACUUGGAGACUUGCUCAAAAAGAAACAACGGGGAUUCUGUGAACUCAGGACCCAACACUGCAUGGAGCAGAUGGUAUAGGCUGACUGUAGUGUGUGUGACACUGCUGUGUGUUCUCCUGCUGAGUGCUGUCAUCGUGCUGUGGAUCAAAUUCAACAACCUGAAUACAGAAAACAACCAGUUACAGACCAGUUACAACAACCUGACUACAGAGAGAGACCAGUUACAGACCAGAAACAGCAAUCUGACUUUAGAGAAGGACCAGUUACAGACCAGAAACAACAAUCUGACUAUAGAGAGGGACCAGUUACAGACCAGAAACAACAAUCUGACUAUAGAGAGGGACCAGUUACAGAUCAGAAACAACAAUCUGACUAUAGAGAGGGACCAGUUACAGACCAGAAACAACAAUCUGACUAUAGAGAGGGACCAGUUACAGACCAGAAACAACAAUCUGACUAUAGAGAGGGACCAGUUACUGAUGGAGAGAGAUGAACUAUACAAAGUGCUUUUCAAACAUGGAUGGAAAGUUUUCGGAUCGAGCAUUUACUACAUCUCUACUGAAAUGAAGGACUGGGCUUGGAGCAGACAGGACUGCACAGAACGAGAAUCACACCUGGUGAUUAUAAACAGAAGUGAAGAACAGGAGUUUAUCCUGAAAUUGGUCGGCAGCAGCAGACGGGCUUGGAUUGGUUUGAGUGACACACAAACAGAGGGAGAAUGGAAAUGGGUGGAUGGUACACCACUGACCACUGUAUACUGGCUUGAUGGGGAACCGAAUAAUUUAGGUGAUGAGGACUGCGCUGAGAUUUGGGGUAUUUGGGGUAUGAAGAGCUGGAACGACUUGCCAUGCUCACAAAAUGAAUUAUGGAUCUGUGAGAGAAGCUAUUUUAGUAAUUAGGGAACAGUCCAGUAAAGCAUUCACAAAUCAAGCUGAAUUUAUGGAGUGCUUCAGUUCAUUUUUUUUUAAUUAUAUGUAAUGCUUUAAAAAAGAGACAGAAGGCAGCUUUUCAUGAAUCUGGAAAUACAGAAAUAUAGUUGUAACUGUAUUAGCCUCAGCACUGUUCUUGUAUUCUCAGGUCCUAUCAUGUAAAACUAAGGGUGUGUUCACUGAGACUUGUGUUGUGAAACAUUUUGUUUUCUAUAUUGCAUUUAUAAUAAUUUCUUUUCAAGGACUUGCUUGUUUAAAAAAUCUACCUAUU